CUCGUCUCCAACUUUGUUCACGGCCGAUCUUCGAGUCGAUCUCAAGUUUGAUUACUUUCUCAAGAUUCCCUCAUCUCCAUCUCCUUCGCAAUUCUUUUUACGGAAAGAUACAUACUUGCGCAGUGUCCCCGAAUUCCAAUCCAUACUUCUCCCGACACUUCUUCAAAUCCACUCACAUUCCGGUCCUCGCUGCCGGCGCAAUCCAACUCCAACUUCUUCCCCCACCACCCUCACAUUACCUCCAUCGUGGCUAUCUCAACGAGCGCCCUUUUUUCCUUCCUUCUACCUGCCAACCAUGGCUGACUUCUCGUCUUUCAUGGACUGGACCCCUGCGACUCCACCUCCAACAAUCAAUCCUUAUCCUGAAGACUACAUCCCCGGUGGUUGGGUUGACAAUCUUGCUGUACCCGGUGCUGGUGUCUUCGCGCGAUCUGCGCCGGAAGGCUUCCUCCCCAAGGCAAAAAGACUCUGCUUCGGUUUAGCACAAACUACCCAAUACCUCGCCAAUAUCGCCGCAACUCCUUUGUACUGUAUCGUACGUCGAGUUCGCAAGCAACAGUUGAUUCGCUUCAGAAGAUCGAAGCCGAGACAAACUCUUUCACCCAAGAGUUCACACCACGCCCCCCAACGCCCAUCCAUUGCUCAAGCGGCCAAAUCUGUCGCAUCCAUCCCCUCAACAGAUGCCCAGACUCAGACCACCUACACUAAUUCUAUUCAUCGACAUACACCAACUCAGUAUCAUACCCUGCCUGCCAGCACGGUCAAACCGACGCGAGUUGGUACUCGAUCAAAUACCCAGGCAAAGAAGAUUUACUAUACACUACCGAAGCUUGAAGACUUCUUGCAACCAGUAAAUCGGCCCCUUAGUGGCCUCAAGAGGAGACGAGAUAGCACAACUGAUGCUGCUCAAGUCUCACGCAAAUCCAAGUUUGCAAAACGUCCCCAUAUCAGAACGCUACAUCACCAACCUCUCUCCGGCCGACAGCUUAACAAUCAGCCCCAAGAGGCUCAAGGAGCAGCAGAGAUUUCUGAAGCAAUGGCAAAUGAUCAAAUCUCUUCGUCCGGGCCUCCACUACUACUGGAACAACAACAAACAACUUCGACGGUACAAACCACAGAGUCCGAUAGCAUCCUCGAUAGCAUCCACUUCACUCCACCUCCUGAAGAUCCUCCGCAACAAGUCAAGACACCUCAGGCUAGACCACGAUCACAGCCGCUGCCUGUAGGAUCUCUAAACCAAUCGUUCCCAGUAUUACGCCCGAUCUCCCCGCCUUCAGAAACAGAUAUUAACGCCCAACAUGAGGACAAUGAAGAGGAGGAGGACAGCGAUUCGGACGACGACUAUCUAUUGCAUGCUGAGAGAAUGUUGAGAAUCGGAAGUCCGCCGAUCAGAACUGCACAGUCACGGGGAACCCGUAGCGCACAGACCGCGUUUGCCGUUGCAUCGCGUCCGAGCGCCCAACCAGCCAUAACAUACACAACAUCCUCGACUUCACCAACACCUCCAAUUGUUGUUCAUGGCGAAGCAUCACCGUUGACACUCAGCUCCGAUGAUGCUCUUGAGGAGUCCUUGCUAUCUCCACUCCGAAUCAAAGCUCGUCGUUCAACAACACCAAAAUCCACCAGAUCCAUCUCACCGACGUCUCAAAAGACUCCAGAAUCUGAUAUUUCUUCUGCAUGGGAAGUAUCUCCACGGGACAUGUUGCCCAUCGAGCUCAUUCUGUCGCCAUGUGCUGGCAGAAGUUCUUCAUCUCUGGAUAUCUCACCACCUUCUCACGGGAUGGACAUGCAGGAGAUAGCCAUCCCCGCUUCUGGAGGCGACUCGCCUGCUCAAGAGGCUAUCCUCACAACCAAAGACGCCGACUGCAUUGCCAAGAGCGGUCAACAGGUACCGGACGAGGCUGUCCUCUCCACAGAAACACGUGAAGCAAACCAGGACGUGUCAACAAAUAGCGCUGACACACUGUCCAAGCCUCCUGAGACAGUCAAGAGUACACCGGUUGAAGGUGUAACUCCCGCAACAGAAGAAGAUCUGGCGGAAACAAGCAGCUUUGCAAAGUUGGCUGAAUCUGGUGCAAACACUCCAGAACUCUCAGCAACAAGCGAUUCGCCUGCACAGACCGAUGGCCAGACGGCCCCGACGACACCGGUCCGAAUCCCCAUUCAAGCAUUCCGAGAGCUUGACCUUGGCAAGGAUUUUGAUUCCGAUUUAGGAACACCGAAAGCAAACAUACACUCUGCUCAGAAAAGUCAACGUGUUACUCGAGCUGAAAGUAAGAGACUCGAGGCGCUCCAACAAGCUCAAACAUACGCCAUCAGUCCACUCGCAGAAGAAUGGAACCCAAAGAUUGAGAAAGCUUUGAGACAUGGAAUCAAAGGCUACCAGGCAACAGAUCUCACUCGCGUGGUGCCACUUACCAGAACCGACAGCACCUCCAGCUGGUUGAACGAUGAAGUAAUCAAUGGAUAUUUGGAGCUCAUUGUCAAACAUGGCAAUCAGAACGACCGACCCACGCAAAAGAUUCCGUCGCUGGUCACGUUCAACUCAUUCUUCUACAGCAACCUCAAUAGCAAAGGCUACGACGGUGUGCGACGAUGGAGCAGCAGAAAGAAGAUUGGAGGCAAAGCCUUGCUCGAAACGGAAUAUGUGUUUAUUCCUAUCAAUCUCGGCGCCCACUGGACACUCUGUGUGGUGUCGGGCAAGAAUAAAACAAUCACACACUACAACAGUUUAGGACGCGGUGGCCCCUUUGUUGGAAAGGUUCUGAGCUGGGUCCAACAAGAAUUGGGCAGCGCGUUCAAAGAAGAAGAGUGGACACUCGAGGCCGAUGGCCAAUCCCCCCAACAGACCAACAUGAACGAUUGUGGCGUUUUCACCAUUACGAGUGCGCGCCAGAUCAUGCUAGGAAUGACUCCUAUGAGUUAUGAUGCCAACGAUAUUCCACUCCAGAGGAGGAGAAUCGUGGCAGAACUCAUUAAUGAAGGUCUCAUCCAAAGCCUAUGAAAGUAACGAGCUGAAACGAAAUUACGAACAAAGGAUGUGAUACCCACGAAGAAACGCAACAGAACAUUAAUCGUGCACAGAUAAGUACGAACAAGGACAGUGAUACCCAGGGGAAAAGGAUCAUGGAAUAAUACAAGCACAGGCGUUUGAUUUGGAAAAGCAUGGGGAAUGGCCGAAGAGUGAUACCCAGAGAAAAAGAUCAAGGAAUGAUACCAACCCUGGCGUUUGAUUUGGAAAAGCCCGGGCAAUGGCCGAAGGGUGGUCUAAGCAGAUUCGAGAUUGAUGGCACAGGAGCCCCGUGGCGGUAAGAUUAGGAUAUUGAGAGCCAUGUUCAAGGCUCGCUUUUUGAAAGAGGCAAUCCUCCUAUGGGAGAAGGAAAAUGCUAGAUAGGAGCAUCAGUGUAAAUCAGAC